AUGAAGCAAAGAAUCUCCUCUUACACACAGCCUUAUUGUGUUGCUUUCCUUUGUUCUACGAAAAAUUCUUGGCAACCGGCCAUGACAGUCGAUACUACAACAGCGUCAUACUGGCUUAACUGGCGGGUUUUGCUCUGUUCCAUGUGGAUUCUAAUGUCGAUGGUAUGUGCAUCAAUUCUUAUAUCUAAAUACGAAGGUCCGCGCCAUGUGAAAGGAGGAACAGCUGAAAACGAACUAGACUCUGCUGGAGUCUUGUAUGAAGAUGACGUUUGGAAGCCGUGUCUACGAAGUAUACAUCCUGCGUGGUUACUUGCAUUUAGAGUCAUGGCUUUCACCGUGCUUCUGUUAAUGCUGAUCCUAAACGUUGUCGUUGAUGGAGGAGAGAUUUUUUUCUUCUAUACUCAGUGGACUUUUACAUUGAUUACCAUUUAUUUCGGGCUUGGAUCCUUACUGUCCAUAAACGGAUGUUACCGGUAUCAUAAAUUUGGUGGCGAUAAAUUUGAUGAAGAGCAUUUUGAUGCUGAGCAGGGCGCUCGCAGAUACUCUGCAAGUGCCCGUAAUUCUAAUGCAUCGAGUGCUACAAAAGGCAUGGACCUCAAUCAAGAACAUCCUGUUCGCCAAAUUGCUGGCUUCUGGGGUUAUGUCUUCCAAAUCAUUUUCCAGAUGAAUGCUGGAGCUGUGAUACUGACGGACACAGUAUUUUGGUUCAUAAUCGUACCGUUUCUUACCAUUAAGGAUUACAAUUUGAAUUUUUUGAUUAUAAACAUGCACUCGAUCAAUGCCAUUUUUCUGAUUGGUGACACUGCAUUGAACUGCUUGCGAUUUCCUUGGUUUCGUAUUGGGUACUUUUUUCUCUGGACGGCUGUUUAUGUCGUUGUACAAUGGGUCGUCCAUGCUUGCAUCGCGCUUUGGUGGGCUUAUCCAUUUCUUGAUUUGUCGUCGCCAUUUUCUCCAUUAUGGUAUUCAACCGUCGCUCUGAUGCACAUACCAUGCUACGGCAUAUUCAUACUGAUAAUGAAGAUGAAACACUAUUUGCUAUCAAAAUGGUUUCCCCAGUCUUAUAGAAGUAUUCAGUAA